AUGGUUUCUUUUUCUGAUGUUCUGAAUCCUAGUAAGGAUCCGCCCGUGCCGUGGAGUCAGGCCGAACCACUAGUUCCUGGCCCCUACAAUGCUGGGACACAAUUCAAGCCAGCAAUUUGCGAGUUCCAGGGCAAGAUAUUUCUUGCCUGGGCUACAAUGCCAUCCGAUGGUAACCCACCAUCGUUCAGCUUUACUCACUGGCUGCCGUCUGACAAUGGCUGGGCUCCCUUCACCGUUGUUCUACUCGGCAAUGCGAAGCAGUGCAAUACAUCCACUAUGGUCGUGUUCAAGGGCGUUCUAUACCUAUUCGUGCCAUAUACAUCUAUCACGGGCUCCAUCUCAGCAUGCGCCAUCUAUAGCUACAAUGAGACAACCUUUGAGUACAUUUGCGACUGGGGCUCACAAUGGUGUAACGCCCUGUCGGCCAUUGUUUACAAUGAUAUCUUGCAUGUCGUUGGCUACAAUCAAUCCGACGACGAUCACUUCAUUUGGACUUAUUCAGACCCGGAUACAACGGACAUUGACUUGAUAAGUUCCACCAUGGGCUUCAACGGGAACUCAAAGAUCAACGAGCAAACUUCUAGUAACCCGGCCCUGGUUUUUCGAGAUGGCCAUGUUCGCUUGAUGUUUCUUUCCCAUAGUGACUAUCGCUCAAUUUUGGAGAUCACCCUGGAUAUGGAAACUCAGCCUCCUUCAUGGUCUAGUAAUGUGGCAGUCCCCGGCGAGUCUGGCGACAGCGGCAUCAGUGCCACUUCCACUCCUACUGGUGCAGAAGCAUGGAUCUGUUUCAAAACUCAUGGUGGCUAUAACAAUCUUAUGUGCCGCUGGGAAAGGAAGUCGAAUUCUUGGACUUCAAACCAGCCUAUGGGUGAUGGCAUGAUUCUCUGGUGUGAGAACGAGGCAGCAUUGUUAUACUCCGACUCCUGGGUUUACGCAGUGUGGAACUCCCCUUUACAGGGCGGCUCCAUCUACUGGUCUCGUCGGCCGAUGAAACAAAUCAGCCCUGAAAAUUGGAUGGGUAGUCUUGAUGAUCAAAGCAUCAGCAUCGCGGCGUUAUCGAUCCCAGGAACACAUGAUUCUGCUACUAGCGCCUGGUAUAACCCUGACCUUGGCCUUUUGCGAACCCAGGAUAUGUCUAUCACCCAGCAGCUGAAUGCAGGUAUCCGAUAUCUUGAUCUACGAGUAGGCUAUGGACAUAGACAAGACACCAGCGGCGCAGAAAUAGAUACUUUCGUGGCUGUUCACGGAGAUUUUACUAUCGACUUGACGGUUCAGAUGAUCUUUACCAUGCUUUACGAGUGGCUCGACGCUCAUCCAACUGAAGCAAUCGUCGCUCAGAUGAAGGCAGAUCAAACACUUGCUAACCCACAGCUGGUAUCAGACAGCGUGAACGAUUUAGUGAUGGCGAACCCGCAGUACUGGGCUCUUGGCGAGACGAUUCCCACACUGGACCAAAUCAAAGGCAAGAUCCAGCUGAUACGUCGUUUCCCUCGACCAGACGCCUAUAACGGCACCUCAACAACUUUUGGAAUCAACGCCACGAACUGGCCAAAUAACGAUCAAGGAGAUAUCAACAAUCCACUCAUCAACCCGAAUAGCCCACCCGUAUCUCUUGCGAUAGAGGACCAUUACUGCUACGACAAUGACGGAGACAUUGCCCUAAAGAAGAAAAAGGAAAUGGUCAUUGAUUUCAUUUCCCGGGCCGUAUCAUCAUGGGACGCUUCAACAGAGCCAAAUGCUCCGAUAAAUCCGACAUGGUUCAUUGGCUACACCAGCUAUGUCACUAGUACUGCUGGGCCUGACUUCUCCUCAUUUCCCAAUGUUGUCAAGGUUGCAGACUCAAACUUCAACUACGCUACCAAAGCACUUGGGGGUGAUACACCGCUAAAUGAGGCACUGGAGAACUAUAUCAAGUCUCAGGGCGGGCCAGGUGUCCCAGCCAUGGUCGGAACUGUGGUUAUGGACUAUCCCAAUUUGAACUCAGGAACACUAAUUGAAAGCAUUAUCUGGACCAACAAACUCAAUACAGCAGGUUUUUCGGUUAGUCCAUAA